AUGGGCAAGUGGCGUUACGGCGUCGUCCUAGACGCGGGCUCGUCUGGGACCCGUGUUCACGUCUACCGAUGGUUGCGAAAUGCCGCCGCACGGCGAAAGGCCGACAUUGAUGAGUUAAAAUCACUCCCUGAGAUCAAAACGAAGGAGGAUUGGGUGAAGAAAAUUCAUCCCGGUGUCUCUUCCUUUGCCAAUGAACCCGAAUCCGUCGGUCCAGAACAUCUCGCAGAACUAUUAGAUCACGCAAAGUCAAUUAUCCCCGAAGAAGAUGCUAAAGAUACGCCAAUCUUUCUCCUCGCCACGGCCGGCAUGCGACUCCUCGGAAACCUCGAACGACAAUUACUCCUCGAUCAGAUCUGCUCCUAUGCGCGUGCGAAUACCGAUUUCUUGUUACCGGACUGCGGCGUUCAUAUUCAAGUCAUUCCUGGUGUUACCGAGGGACUAUACGGGUGGAUUGCGACGAACUACUUAAUGGGCACAUUCGACUCACCCCAAGCCCAUGAUCAUGGCAAGGGCCACCACACUUACGGGUUUCUGGAUAUGGGAGGCGCGUCAGCCCAGAUUGCAUUCUCCCCCAACGCAACCGAGACCGAAAAACAUGCGAACGACUUAACCCUGCUACGAUUGCGGAAUAUCGAUGGCUCAAAGCAAGAACAUCGGGUAUUCGUGACAUCUUGGUUGGAAUUUGGCGUACAUGAGGCCAGACGGCGUUUUGUCGAAGCACUUCAAUUGGCCAUGGGCUCUGAUACCACUGAACUACCGGAUCCGUGCCUUCCCAGUGGUCUGCGCACGACUCUAGAUGGUGAAUUGGUUCUACCGAGUGAUGCCGUUGGAACCACAACAUUACUAGGAACGGGCAGAUUCGAUGAGUGUCUGCGUCAAACUUUUCCUUUGUUGGAUAAGAACGCACCCUGCUCAGAUGCUCCGUGUCUUCUCCACGGGACUCACGUUCCCGCAAUUGACUUUGACGUGAAUCAUUUCAUUGGAAUCAGCGAGUACUGGCAUACGACACAUGAGAUAUUCGAGAUGGGCUACAAGGACAAGGCAUACGAUUUUAACACCUAUCAGGAGCGAGUUCAGAUAUUCUGUUCUCAGGACUGGGACUUGAUCGACGCUGGAAUUGAGGCUCAGCAGUGGGGCAAGAAGGUGGACCGCCAAAAGGCGUACGAGGUCUGCUUUAAGGCCUCUUGGAUUAUCAACAUGCUGCAUGAUGGCAUCGGUAUACCUCGCGUGGGUCUAGAAGAUACCUCGGGCUCCUCACAUAAUGGAACCAAGGAGGUCUUGUCUCACGGCAAGGAGAAGGGUUACCUUGACGCAUUCCAGGCUGUGAACAAGAUUGAUUCUACCGAAGUUAGCUGGACUCUGGGGAAAAUUGUUCUCUAUGCUUCAUCACAAGUUCCGACAGAGGUUGAUGAAGCACUGCCCGUUGGUUUUGGUAGCAAUGUCCCCGGUGUUCCUGAAGAUUUCCAAUAUCCCAGCGUUGAGCUCAUACCCGAUUCGGAUAGCUUCCACAGCGAGCACUGGCAUGACUCAUUGUUUGACGGAGAUUCCCCUCCCGUCGUUCGCGAAUUUAUCAUCGGAUCAAGAGUACUCUCCGUCGCGGGGGGGCCAUCUCAUCCCAACCACCCGAAGAAGCGACGCCCUUUUAUGGGCAUCUUACCAUUCUUCCAUCGCAACGCUCCCUCUUACGAGCGUGUGCUGGAGGAUGGUGCGCAAGAGUUUGAUCUAGGUGGGGUUGACUCAGAUGCCAGUGAUCUGGAUGGUCGUGCUUCGGAUAUCGACGGGAACCCUCGGCCACCCAAGCGUGCUUCUAGCUGGGGUAGCGGGGGUAAUACACCUAGUCUGAAGUACACUUUUGAUAAUAGCUCCUCCGGGGCUAUUGGUCUUGGGAUCAGCGGCGGAUCCGGCAUUGCUAUGGACCGGGCAGGCUUGGUGGUACGGACAGAAAGCAGGGAUCAUCUGGCUCCCAUUGCGCUCGGACCUACCACCAACGGCCGCCGGUCUAGAGCUGGCAGCCCUACCAGAUCCCUUCAUCAGAAGUCUCCCAUUCUUAGUCCUCUUGCCGAUGAUUAA